AUGACCAAUCAAACAUCAAACCAACCUGCUUCACCUUCCGUUCCUGACCAAGUAGCCAUGCGAGAGGUAGCAUUCCUGGCUGCCAGUCGCAGGCUUGCCGCACAAGCCCGUACCGUCUCCAGACCCACCGGAAGAUCUCAAAGAAAUUCUUUGGCCAUUAGGCCUCCUGCGUUCAAGAGAGGAGGAAGCACUGAGAGCAUGCUCACGCCAACACCGUCCGUCUCCACUAAAAGGGUUGUAAAACAGCCUCUACCUACGGAGGAGGAGGCAGCAGUUGUGGUGGAUGAAGCAAGAAAGGAUGAUGUAGUGGUGGUGGAAGAAGUGGUGGUUGAAGAAGAAAAAGGGAAUGAUGUUCUGGUCCCGGAGACUCCGAAGGCCACCAUUAUCGCACAGAUUUUUGAUGAGCCUCCACAAAUGGAAGAAGAGAAAAUUGCGAUCAUUGAAAGAGAAGAAAAUGAGACCGUAGUUGAAGAGGCCGGAGAAGCGGUGAUAGCAUUAAUAACCCCUGACAUUGCGAUGGAGGAGGUUGCAGGGGAUGGGCUGCCAGCUGAGGCAGAGAAGGAAGUAGAAGUUAGAUUAAAGAAGGUUGCUGAGGGCGAGAAGGAAGAUAAGAAGAAGAAGAAGAGUAAGGGACAGAAGGCGGGGAAGGUGGAGUCGUCGCAUCAUCACAAGUCAAGAAGAAACAAAGAGAAAAAGGAUGAUGAUGAAGAUGAAGAGGCCAAGAAAAAGAGGAGAGGAGAUAAAGAAGAGAGAAAAUUGCGCCAAAAGGAGAAGAGGCGCCUGAGAGAAGAAUGGAGAAUCGACCUCAAUAAGGGAGGAUAG